AUGACCAGCAAACCCUCUGUGUCCCAAGAGGACAUUGAGUUCAUUGAGACUCCUCCUGCAGCUCCAGAGCAAACCCCUUCGGAUUGCGGUGUCCGCUUGACUUCUUACCCUGCAAUCAAGAAUGCCCCUCUUCCUGCCGACGCUGCGGGAAGUGACUCGUUCAACAACAUACUGCUCAUUGGCCUGCUGAUUGCUGUGCCAUGGUACCUUGCUCGCCUAUUGCAUGGCGGGCUCUACACCACCCUCUUCGUGGCUGCCUUCACCAGCAUUCCCAUCCUCAUGCUCUUCUGGUCCGUUGCCUCUUCGAUCUCUCCUCGUAUGAAUGAAAAGGCCGCAUACCCGGGUCGUCCUGUCGAACACUACCUCGAAUUCCACAGUGAGGAGGAUCGGGCAAAAUACCAUGGAAAGAACAAAAUUCCUAUGGAGACAUUCCACGAGAUGUACUUUGAUCAAAAGGUUUCGUUCAAAGGCGAUUGCUUGGAAGCAAUGGAAUAUCGUCACGACUGGGCGAGUUUCCGGUUCACGCUUUCGUUGUUCAAGUUCUUUUUCACUGGUAUGAUUCCCGAAGUUAUCAUGCACACCCGCUCCCAGGAUGAAGAACAAGUCCGUGACCACUACGACCGUGGUGAUGACUUCUACGCAUGGUUCCUUGGCCCGCGGAUGAUUUACACGUCGGGAAUCAUCUCGGACAUCAACCGUGAGGAAUCUUUGGAGGAAUUACAAGACAACAAACUCGCUGUGGUGUGCGAAAAGAUCGGCCUGAAGCAAGGUGAGACGCUUCUCGACAUCGGCUGUGGCUGGGGAACCCUGGCAAAAUACGCCAGCUCUCACUAUGGCGCACACACAACUGGCAUCACACUGGGCCGCAACCAGACCAAAUGGGGCAACGAUGGUUUGCGAAAGUUGAACAUCUCAGACUCCCAGUCUCGGAUCCUCUGCAUGGACUAUCGUGAUAUUCCCCAUUCCCCUCCCAACAGGUCUGGCGAGAAAUACAAAAAGAUCACUUGUCUCGAAAUGGCCGAGCAUGUGGGAGUCAGACACUUGUCGAGUUUUCUCAGCCAAGUCAACGAUCUACUGGACGACGAUGGAGUUUUCUUCCUCCAAAUUGCCGGGUUGAGAAAGUACUGGCAAUACGAAGAUCUCGUUUGGGGACUAUUUAUGAACAAGUACAUCUUUCCUGGCGCCGAUGCAUCGACUCCUCUGGGAUUCGUGAUUGAUAAACUCGAAGGAGCCGGUUUUGAAGUCAAAUCCGUCGACACUAUCGGCGUUCACUACAGCGCAACACUCUGGAGGUGGUACAGGAACUGGCUCGGCAAUGCUGACAAGGUCAAGGCGAAAUAUGGUGUGAGAUGGUACAGAAUCUGGGAAUUUUUCUUGGCCUGGAGCACCAUUAUCGCCCGACAAGGAUCCGCGACGUGUUUCCAGAUUGUCUUGGUCAAGAACAUCAAUUCAACACACCGUAUCGAGGGUAUAAAACAGCAAUAUGGCCUCCAAGGAGCGCUGCAAGCCGGCAAAGAACACAUCAAGGCUGAAAAGGGCACGGUCAAGGAGAAUGGCGAAGCAGUCAAUGGCCAUGCAUAG